GUACUGUAUAGAGGUAUUAAUAAAUAAUAUUUUACAUGUGCAAUUACAUUGUAAGACAUGCAAAAUUAUUUUAACACAUUUACACAUUGAGUGGUGAGGAAUCCUGAAGAUAAUGGCAACGCAAAUGUAUAACCGUAGGUUGAUUGAUUUGUCAUUAGCUGAACAUUAUUUAUACUCUGUGAUGUUGAUAAUCAAUCUGACAUAAAAAAAACAAUUUCUGACCAUUAAUGUGAAAUGAUAGUUAGUUGAUAUUGAUGAUAUGAGUUUGCUAUUUUUCUCUUUUCAUAUUAUUGGACUAUUGUUCGUUACAUGUUUGCGGCGAAAAGCUUUAUUAAAUUAUUAAAAAUAAUUAAAGCGCAACUAAACUAGAUUUAUUAAACAAAAUCCAAGUAAUAAGAAGCAAUAUGUCAAAUUUGAAUUAUACGACGCGCACUGAAGGCCAAACGAAGAUUAAUACAAUCAUAUGGACUGUACCAAAUUUUGUCAAUUUACUUGAAAAUAAAACGGCGAGAGAGUUUCGAACCGAGAAACCAAAAGAUCCAUGCGCAGAUUCUAUGUAUUCACGAUUUCACUUGAAGAUGCAAUUUUUAGGACGAGACAAUGAUAUAAUUGAAAUCUGUUACUUAUCACCUAACCCAGUUUUUUUGAAAUCAAUACUAACUAUUUGCUUAAAAAGAUUUGAAGAGCGUUCAAUAGUUAUAAAGGAGUAUCACACAGUUCAGGCUAACAAAUGGCAAUAUUUAGCUACAUUAUUCAAAAGAGAUAUUGCGGGUUUUGAUGGUCGUGACAUAUUUCUUUUAAGCGACGGUAGCCUCAGAUUGAAAUUUCAAUUUAUUGUGACAAAUGAUAUUAAAGUAGACCAUUCUAAUGUUCCUGAAGCUCAACUGAGUAAUGACUUUGAGAAUCUGUUAAAUAAUGGUUUGUUCUCUGAUAUCACAAUGAAAUCUGCAGAGGGGAAUGAAUACAAAGUCCACAAGGCAGUACUCGCUAGUAGGAGUGUGGUUUUGAAGGCUCACUUUGAACACAACACUACAGAGUGCCACACAAAUAUUGUAGAAUCUCCACUAGAGGCUGAAGUACUUACGGAAGUUUUGACAUUUAUAUACAGUGAUAAGGCUCCAAGAGUUGAACAUAUACCUGAAAAAUUGCUGGCAGCUGCUGAUUUCUAUGAACUAAGUAGAUUAAAAAGCUUGUGUGAGGAAGCAUUACAUAAAAAAUUAACAGUAGAGAAUGCUAUUGAAACUUUACAGCUGGCAGAUUUGCACUCAGCUAAAAUUCUAAAACAAUUGACUUUGGAAUUCAUAAAGGAUGGCCAAGCUAAGCUCAUUACUAAGACAGAGGGAUGGGCCAACCUGAAAUCGGUUGAGUUAAUAAAAACUAUUUAUGAUUAUAUUAUGACGGAUGAUGUAGAAGCCGAUAUUAAAUAAUUUUGACUUAUUACAUAAUAAUUAGUAAGUGAUCGUACCUGUACAAUAUAUUCCACUUCUUAAAUUAUGCUUAUAUUUAAAUCCUAGGCU